UCUCGAUUCACACCCGGGCGGAUGAGUAUUUUUGUUUUGGUUCCUAUAAAGUUGUUUUUAUGACGUCUAGUGUCGCAUAAAACGAAAUGUUUGCGUAAAGUGCAAAAGGCUUUACCUUGCUAAGUGUGUCAUCCGUCAAAAGUGAAAGCAUAGAAUUUAAAAAUUAUCUUAAGAAAAGAAAAAAAUAUUUCCUUUGAGGAAAAAUAAAUAUUAAUUUGUCAAUCUCUGUUUGUGAUGUGUGUUGCAAAAUUGUUAAAUUUUCGGUUUUGAAUUUUUGUCGGAUUUUUCCACAUACUCGUUUAUACGUACGUAUUUAUAAAUCAGUUAUUUUCGUUUAUGUUAAUCGCCAAGUGCUACAUUUUUGUUUACCACGACGACGGUUCUUGUCGACGACCGCAACGCCGUCGUCGUUGUUGCCGCUUAGAAAAUUCGGCUUAAUUGGAUUAACCAUGCUUCCCGAUUUUCCUGCACUUGCGAUAAACAACACCAAGAAAAACGCAAGCAGCAACAGCAUCAGGGACGAUAGCUGCAGCAACAUCAGUUCUAUUUGAAGGAUAACACUUAAAUCUUUCAAUUUUCGAUUUUAAAAUUUAAAUUAAGUACUGCAUCACAAGUACUGGCCAUAAUAAUAAUUAAUAAUAACUCGUCAAUAAGGAAUCAUUUCGCAAGGCUUGAUAAUGAAAUGGGUGCGCACGGAUAUGAUGGUCGAGGACCAAUAUCAACACUAUCCAUGUCGUCGACUGCAACAUCCUUCGAUAACACCAUCAGAUCCCUAUCACAUACAAAUCCAAUACUGUCAACAAGAACCAAGCCAGAAAAUACCAUCAUGCGACAGACAGACACAACCGUGGUGGCGAACCACAUCUUUGAUGACCUCGUCUACUUAUGCAGAGUGGCCAACGAAACAUGGUCCUCAUACUGGGGUCCAGAUAUCCUGUGUACCUCUACGAAAUCAGAUAUACCAACAGCAGCAGCAACAACAACAACAACAACGGCAGCUACAACAACUUCAACAACAACAGAAACAUUAUCCUUGUCACCACCACCGCCGCCGCCGACUGAUACAUACAAAUGCAUACUCGAAUCGUUCCAUAGCUCCUCGGAGAGCGCCCACUUCGCGUGUCAACCCCUGGCAUGGGCAUCCGAUGCGAUGGAAAAUACAUUGAAUUCAUAUGCCCACGAUUGCAUCCUCAAUACCACGCUCAUAGUUCGUAAUGUCAUAAAUCCAGUGUCUGAAUUUAAUUUAGUCGUUUCAAAGUUACCUGAUCUCGUAACCAAUCAGCUGCCAUUAUUGCCAACACUCGGGGCGGUAAUGGUGGCCACUAAUAAUAGUGUCAAUUGUGAUCUAGUACAAAGUCGGACGUUUGUGUGCUCUCAGCCGAGUGGUCUUAUCGGAUCGAUAUUUGAGAAUUUAUCUGAGAACUUGUCUUUCAAUCCCGGUCUCAGUCCCAAUCCCAGUCAAAGUCCCACUGUGAUGAUGCCACCACCAUUAACCUCUUCUUCCACAUUGCUCAGUCGACAACUCGAGUGCAUUUUAAGUUUAAAUCCAAGUACAGAGUUUGGUUGGUGGUUGAAUUCGUUUGCAAUGCUUAAUCAGUCGUCAAUAGCCGGAAGUGGAACAUUGGCAUAUAAUGGAAGCGGUAAUUUUAGUGAAAUGUGGUCUACGGAUAAUGCCGGAUUACAUCAUUCAACUCGAGAAGGACAUGGCUACGAAUGGAUAUUCCUUUUUGUGAUUGCUUUCAUUUUUGCUGGUGGCUUGGGGAAUAUUUUGGUUUGCUUGGCAGUUGCUUUGGACCGGAAACUGCAAAAUGUGACGAACUAUUUCCUUUUCUCAUUGGCCAUUGCAGAUUUGUUGGUCAGUUUGUUUGUGAUGCCGCUGGGUGCUAUUCCUGCUUUUCUCGGUUAUUGGCCACUUGGAGUGACUUGGUGUAAUAUAUAUGUUACUUGUGAUGUAUUGGCUUGCUCGUCGAGCAUCCUUCAUAUGUGUUUUAUUAGCUUGGGACGUUAUUUAGGUAUUCGAAAUCCUCUUGGCUCACGACAUCGAUCGACAAAGCGAUUGGCUGGGAUUAAAAUUGCCAUCGUUUGGAUGAUGGCAAUGAUGGUAUCUAGUUCAAUAACAGUUUUAGGAAUUAUAAAUAAAUCCAACAUCAUGCCACAUCCGCGAGUCUGUGUGAUAAAUAACCGAGCUUUCUUUGUGUUUGGCUCCCUGGUGGCCUUUUAUAUCCCAAUGCUGAUGAUGGUAACCACGUAUGCACUAACAAUUCCAUUACUCAGGAAAAAGGCUCGUUUUGCUGCUGAGCAUCCCGAGAGUGAACUCUUCCGAAGACUUGGUGGAAGAUUUGCGAUUCGUCCUCAACAUGGCCAUCAUCAUCAGCAAUUGAGUAACACCUACAGCAAUUCAAGCGGCAGCUACAACAAGUUCCUAACGGACUCGAAUCGAAGUUCUAAUUCUAAUGGAACGAGCUGCACUAAUGACUUUGACAAACAACAAAAACCUCAUGCAUUGCAUCGUGUACAUCGUCAUCAAAAUUCAGUUUCACAAAAACAAAAGCGCCACCUGAUGAGAGAUGCAUGUGUCGGUUGGCCAGGCGUUGGAGGUGGUAAUGGUAACGGUAAUGGUAAUGGUGGUGGCGGCAAUUCUAAUUUCCGUCAAGAGAUUAAUCAAACACCAGCUAGUGUUAGAUGCAAUACUCCAUCAUCAGGGCGAUGCAUCAAAUCAUCACCACGCAUAUCGAAAUCACAGUCCCAGCAGAGCGCAAUUUACUGGAGAUCUCCGGGACAUCCACAUCCGCGUUCACACGUCACCUUAGAGAUGAGACCAUCAUCAGGAGCUGCGGUAAGGGCAAGUUCAUCUCAACCGCAACUGGGUUACACAAGUGCCAACAGCAGUACCAGUUCUCGGACCAAUUCUAAUUUGACAUCAUCUGUUGGUGGGGCAAUGGCAAUACAACAGCACCAGCACCAGCAACACCAUCAUCAAGGACCUACCUGUGAGCAAUCCACCCAAACACCCGAUUCAAUUAGCCGAGAAACUCGAAGGUGUAAAUUAAAAUCCUUUAAGUUUUCCCUAAACAGUGUGACGACACCUGCUCUUAAUUUGCGUCGGAACAAGCGUAACAAUUUGUCAGCAAAUGCCGUAGCGACAGAACAGAAAGCCACAAAAGUACUUGGUUUAGUUUUCUUCACAUUCGUAUUGUGUUGGUCACCAUUUUUCAUCCUGAACAUCCUGUUUGCGGCCUGUCCCGAAUGCCAUGUACCUGAACAUGUUGUGGACACUUGCCUCUGGUUGGGCUACGUGUCAUCGACGAUAAAUCCGAUAAUUUAUACAAUUUUCAACCGAACUUUUCGAGCAGCAUUUAUUCGUUUGCUGAAAUGCAAUUGCGAAAGAUCCGGUAGACCACCACGUUAUCGUUCUGUAACUGAAGGAAGAAGCGCCCUCAGCUUGUGUGCACCGUCAGCACUUCCGUUAGCAAUAUCCUUUCAGGGUGCGCCAUUGAUGACACCAUCAACGACAAAUGCGACACCGUUAAGUGAUUUCCGUGGCAGCUAUACAAUAACAGAUGAUGAGUGCUGAAGAUAAUAGGAGAAAGUACCUACAUACAAACAUUGAUGAUGUUGAUAUUGAUGUUCUGAUGUCGAUGCUAAAAGCUUGAAGCUUGAAACUCGAAAGAGUGAUGUCGAUGUGUGGGAAACACUUUUUUCAAGUGUUUUCUUCUGAUUUAAUAAGGAUAAAUAUUAUUUUCAGUUAUUUUUGUUGACAGCGGAAUUUAUUUUCGCAUCGAACGUUAUAUUAAAUUAUAAAACAAUAUAAAUUGCA